AUGACAACACCAGAUACUGAAGUUAUGUCUAUGUUACGUGCACAUCCACAAGGAUGUUUAGAAACAGAUAAAUCUGAUUUUAUAAUAAAAGCAAUUGAAAAAAUUAAAGAAAGAAGUUUAGUUGAUGUAGAUUUACCAAUAUGUUUUGUUAUAGGAGUUGCUAAACAUCCACGAACACAUGAAAAAGUAUUAAUAAUUGCAAUGAAUGGAAAGAGACAUAAGACUCAUAUUCUUAAAUUUUAUCUUGUUUCAUCUAAAAUGGAAAUGUCAGUUUAUUGUUAUUUUAAAUUAGAAGAACAAUUUCAUGGAGGAGUUGAUAUUAAUGAUUUUUCAUUAUAUACAGCAUGUUUUAGUGAUAGUUUAAAUGGGAUAGUUGUUUUAGAAAUGAAAUCGUAUUAUAAAACAUAUCUUAUUAUUAAUCAAGCUGAUAAUGGUAGAAUGGAAGAACUUAUUCCAGUAGGAUAUAAUGAUAAUAAAUUUAUUGGACAAAUAGAAAUUAUGACACAAGUUAUUGAUAAAGAAACAUAUUUUAUUAUGCAUACACAAGAUUCAUUAUGGACAGUGUCUAUAUCAAAUGGUUUAUUUUCUAAAAAGAUUCAAACAUAUAAUUAUCCAUUAGGAGGAGAAUCAUGUUGUUUUGCAUUAAGAAGUAAAAAUGGAAUAUUAAUUGUUACAUCUAAAGAUGUAUAUCAAUUAAUACCAUUUCAACCAUUAAUUAAAACACAAGCAAAAUAUCAUGCAUCAUCACUUAAAACAUUUAUUGAAAUGUAUACUCGUUAUAGAAAAUUAAAUGAAAAAGGGUCUUCAAUUUCAACUUCAUUUAUUAAACAAACAAAUGAUUAUUCACAAUUUAUUUCAACAACAACAUUUCCAUUAAUUGAACCACAAUAUCUUUGUAAAUUACCAGAAUCAAGAAUUAAAAGACCAAUAAUUAAAGUAGUAUUAUUAGAUGAUAUUUAUUAUUAUAUAUUUAUAUUAAAAGCUAUUGUAUGGAUUUGUAAUGAUAAAGGUGUUCUUCAUUCAUUAGAUCCAAAAGGAAGUCCAUAUGAAAGUAUAUUUAUUGAUUCAGACUUCAUCUUUUUUGUUUCAGAUCAAAGAGUUUCAAUUUAUGAUUUUCAUCCAGGUCAUUCACCCAUUUUAGUAGAAUCAAUGAAGUCAUUAAAUACAUCAAAUUUAUUACAUUUAAGAAGAUUAGAUACUAAUGUAUAUAUUGAUGAUAAUACAUUCAAUCUAUUUCAAUUAGAUUAUAAUCCUCAUUUCUUUGUUGAACAUCUUUAUUCUCCUUCUCCUUAUAGGUCUACUUUUCUUCAUUUAUUAUUUCAACAUAAUGUAACAUUAAGUCAAACUAAAGAUGUUCCUUUUACUAUUGUUCCAUUUUUACCAAUUAAAUUUGAAAAUAUUACUGCAGAUUAUUUGAUUGAUUUCUUUACUUAUGGUAUUCCUGCUGAAAUACGUUGUUCUAAAUUAAAAGGACUUCCACCUCAACAAAUGGAACAUUAUUUUCAGGCAUUAUUUUUCUUUCCUAUUUCAUAUGAUGUUAAAAGUAUUAAAGAACAAUUAGAAAUUUGUGAAAUAAGACUACCUUUAUUUGGUCGUUUACCUACUGAAAAAAAAGAAAGAAUUAGAACUCCAAUGGAAAGAAAUAUUUGGGAAAAAGAAUUUAAGAAAUGUUUAAAUUUAAUUUUCUUAAAUUCUUUUUCUGUUGAAGGUCAAAAUUUAAAAGGACAAGAAGAAUUUGUUAGAAAAUAUGAUGAAUUAUUAAACCAUUGUAUCUCUCAUUGUUAUACUAAUUUUGAUAAUUACUUAAAAGAAAAAUAUAAAAAUCAAAUUGGUGUUGAAGAAGAAAAACAUACUUAUAACCUUAUUUUAGAAAAAAUUCAUUUUUAUGCUUGUAUCGAAGACUGUCUUCAUCAGUUCGGUUUACAAGCAAGACAAAGAGAAACUGUUGAUGCUUUAGUUAUUGAUGCAUAUCAUGUUUUACCUUUUAGAGUUUUUACACAGUGUGUUUUAAGUGGUUGUUUAAAAAUUUCUCCAAUGGCUUAUUGUACUAUUGUUAAUUCUAUGCCACCUACAAGUCAGAAUAGUGACUUAGAAAAAUUAUUUAAUUGGACUUUAUGGAAAGAAAUUCCUAUAAAUGCUAAAAAACCUAUUAAAAAAGAAGCAUUAUACAUUCGAAAUGAGUGUUAUGUAAAAUAUAUUAAAAAUUUACCUCCUCCUAUUCAUGAAUCAAGUUUCUUUGAAACAGAAACAGAUCCUGAAGUUCUUUUUAGAAGAUCACUUUUUGGUUAUUGUAUAAGAACAAAUUCUUCAUCUUCAGAUCUUCCAAUCUCAUCAGAUGUCAUCCAAUAUUUAAUGAAAUAA